AUGGCUUCUUUGACAGGCAAAAAGAUUGUCGUGACCGGCGCAGCCAGCGGAAUCGGCCUGGCAACCGCUCAGCUUCUGGCAAAACGCGGUGCCGUGCUGUCAAUAUCCGACAUCAACCAGCAAGGGCUGGAUACUGCGCUCAAGAGCCUGGAAGGGACGGGUCACUUCGGCACUGUCCUCGAUGUGCGCGAUUGUGCCGCCGUGAAUGCGUGGAUCGACGACUCGUUCAAGAGACUGGGAGGCCUGGACGGCGCCGCGAACAUUGCUGGCGUCGAGCACGAGGGCGGCCGGUACCUUGCCGACGCCAGGGACGAGGACUGGGACAUUGUGAUGGGGAUCAACUGCGCCGGUGUAUUCUACUGCAUGCGGGCUGAGCUGAGGAAGAUGUUGAACGUCGGGGGGUCGAUCGUCAGCAUAUCCAGCGUCGGAGGGCUAAUAGGCCUGGCCGAGACAUCCAUCUACAACGCGUCGAAACACGCCGUUAUCGGCCUGACACGGACCGCCGCGAGGGAGUAUGGGUCUCACAACAUCCGGGUCAACACGGUGGCUCCAGGUGUCAUUCGAACCGCUCUCGUCAAGGCGAUGGAGGACGGUCACAGGCGUGGGACCGUCGUGACAAAACAACAGGCCAUCGACCGUCAGGCAGAUCCCAUGGAGGUGGCCACGGUGGUGGCGUUUCUGUUGAGCGACGACGCCAGUUUCGUCACUGGAUCAACGUACAAAGUUGACGGAGGCUGGACUGCGUAG